UUCACUAUAUAAUACUUUAAUAUCACUGGAUAAAUACACGUAAAAUAUUUCAUUACACCAUUACUUUUUAAAGCUCUUUUGAAUCGAUUAUUUCAAAAUUGACAUAAGUCACUAAUUUUUAAAGUUUGAUUUUUUCAAAUCUUAUGGUAAUAAAAAAAAUUACACCUACUUUAUAACAAUGAAAUUUGGCAGACUUACAUUUAAUUAAAACAUCAGGUGCAGUAAAUUAGAAUCAUCACAACUAUACAGAAUUGCCCAAUAAAAUUAUUUGAAAAAAAAUUUUAUAUUAAUUAUUUUUACAUCCAGAUUUAAUGAGUCGUUUUUAAGCAUCAUAACUAUAAAAUAAAAUGGUUAGUCGAACAGGAUUAUUAGCUGCACCGUUAUCGGAAACAUAUAAAAAUGAUAAUUUAGAACAUGAAAGGUCAAUCGAAUUGACUGGACUAUUAUGUAAUCCAGCGCCAUUUGUAAUGAAACCUUUGGCAACUCUGUAUAACCCAUAUCCAUAUGGUUGUUCAGUAUUGUGCAAUCAUCCUCUUGAUAAUGAAAUUAAGGAUCUUGUAAAAAAAGCUAAAGAUGCCUUAACUUUGGACCCAAAAUCAUCAUUCAAUAUUCCUGACAUCGAUGAAAUCAACAUAAUUGUACCAGAGGAAUUAUUUAGAAAAUAUACAGAAACUGACUCAAGAGCUACCAGUCCACUACCAGUUACAAUUAUACCUAAAAUACCUAUACAAGAGCAAAAGUUAGACAAAUCAAAGCUAGUUUUAGAAUUGGGUCGUAGUAGGAGUCAACAGUCAUCUAUAAAAUUUUCAGGAGUUGUCAGUUAUGAUUUUUGUGAAGCUUUUUCUUUAUGCCAAGGUUCUGUACUUCAUAUGCCAUCCAUUACAAAGUCAGUGUAUCAAAACGAUUUACUUAAAGAUAAAAAAUUAUCAUCAAAUAAAAAAUCAAAAUGUAAAAAACAGUUUCGCCAAAAAAUAAAUAUAACUGAAAAACAAGUUGACUACAUAGCCGAUAACUUACGUCACCUAGAUUUAUCAAGGAAACUUGACGUGCAAAAAGAUAACAAUGAAAUUAAAGAAGUAACUUGGAGAAAAGGAAAACCAGUAAAAAUCGGAAAAAAAGCUAAACAAAAAUUCGACAAGAAGAUUUCAAAACAACGUAACAUAAAAGAUUUUAAAGGAUUUCAAGAACCAUUAGAAACUCAAAUUUCCAGUAUGAAUCCUAAUUCUCCUGUUAGAAGUGUUGUCGAGCAUGAUGAAGCUACAGAAGAUGUUGAAAAUCAUAAAAAUGAAGAAGAAAAGGACAAUUUUUUCAUAGAUCCAGUCGUGUUAAAAGAACUACAAAGAGAAUUACAAUUAGUAGAUGUUGACAUUGAAUUCGAUACUAAGAAACAUAUAGCAUUAGAAGAAGCUUUAAGAAUGAGAUCGAAAAUAACUAAUCAAAAAAUUAAUGAAGAAUUAGAAGUUCUUAAACAAGACAUCGGAAUGACAACAAAAAAUAUAAAUUUACCAGGUUUGCCUAGAACAUUUUCUAGAAAAAAUAUACGAUUUGAAUUGCCUAUUGAUCGAAAAAGCCUCAAAGACAUGAAGCCCUUAGAUUACUUAAAAAGUAAUGUAAAAAUUGCUAGUAGCUGUAUGAUAAUAUUUUCUAGAGUGUUUGAAAAAUAUUUAAGUUCUACUACCAGACUUAUUAAUGAAAGACAUUUUUUUGCUGCGUUAAGUGAAGUUAUGGGAAGACCGUUUACUGAACAAGAAGCGAUAGACUUUCAAAAUAUUAUUCAAUGGUCACAUAAUCAAGAUUUGAAUUUUCGAGAAUGGUGUGGAUUAUGUAGCGCUGCUGAACGUUUGUAUGGGAAGUACUUUGUUUUCCAGCCACUUAGUAAAGAACAAGAUCCAUGUAACGAAGUUGAAUCUGCAGAUUUCUUAUUAUUAGAUAAAUGGCUCCAGGAUAUUCCUUCAGAGAAUCCUAUUUAUAAGCUGCUAACGCUCAUUAAGACUGUAUAAGGAAUUAAUAACUAAGCUCACAUAAUUUAUUUUUAUGAUUGAAAAUUUGAUUGAACAUAACAGAAAAUUUUAAGUGAAGCAUUAAUUUUAUGUAGCUAAUAUUAAUUUGUUCUGUCUCUUCUUUUUUAUACAAAUAAAGUUUAUACGUUUAUAAUA